ACGGAGGUACGGCAUCACUGUUUGCAGUAAACACACGCUUGUUUGAAUGUUUUCUGUAGCCACAGAGCUGAAGUGUGGAGCCAGUCGCAGAUGGAGGAGUUAAUCAUGCUGGAGAAUGUUCCUGAUGUCUUCCAGUUGGUCCUGAAGAGCAGGUCACACCUUCAUCAAUCAUCUCACACUGCAACUCCACCUGCAGAUUCACUCACAUCACCACAACAUUCACUUUAUUCAACUCUAAAGCUCUCCUCACAACAGUGUUCGCUCAUGUGCAGAAUUAAAACCCUGACCAGUAUGUCUGAGCUCCGGUCCUCGGGUUUUGGCCAGCCGGCUCCUCGACACGGGCUCCGUCUGCUCUACUGGUUUGUUCAGAACUGUGUGGAAGUGAAUCAGGAGACUUCUGAGAUUUCCCUCUGCAUUCCGUCCACAGGAGACCUCGGAUUUCGGAUCUUCCACAACAGAGAAGAACGAGGAAAAGGUCACCUGCUUCCGGACUCCAGCAGCCUGCUGUACUACGAGCUCGGGAACUUGAGCGUGUUCGGAGCCAAAUCACUGCCUGAGUAUGUCCGAGAGAAAUACACCGGCUUCCAGGACAAGAGCAACUCCGACCGCAUCAUGGUCAGCCUGGAGUCCGGAACAUUCCGCAGCAUCUAUGUCACGCGUCAUGAGUCGCGGAUGAACUUUGACCCAAGACACACGUUCUGCGUCAGCCCGGAGCUCGUGAGAUCCAUCAAGAAGAUGCAGAGAGAAGAUUUCCUGAGAGCAGCUAAACGACGUCGGAACCCCGGGCCUCGGCGAGACACCAUGCUCCACACUGAGUCUGAGCUCCUCACAGCCCUCUCUGUUCCAUCACAUCAACCUUACAGCCAGGAUCUACAUUUACAUGCUACACCACAUCUCAGACUCCAUCUUCACAAAGACUCCAGAAACAUCUCCAUUUGCUUCAGCCUGCUAGUCCUCUUAACUACUGCACUGUUACUGGUUCAUUCAGUGAAGAUAGUUUGAAAAGAGGAAUUUCCGGUCAGGAUUCUGAGCUUGUUAUUUGGGUUUUGACCACUAGAGGGUUUUGACCACAUGGGGUUUCCCCUCUGCCGUGUCUCCAUCCUGUGCUGGAGCUGCUGUUUCUUCGUUCUGAUGCUUGGUGGGUCAUGUGUCUUUGUUGGUUCCUCAUGUCUGCUGGAAGUUUCUCAGACUUGUGCUUGUUGUAUGUGUGAAAGCUUUAUGAUGUUGCUUUCUGUUUUCUUGAAGUUCUGUUUUCUAGUUUUGUAAUGGGUUAGAGUUAGGGUUAGUAAUGCCUCUGAGGAUUAUCUUUGAUUUGUUAAUUUAUUUAUUAGAUUUUUCAGAAUUCUUUUACUGGACUUUGUGACUGUCUGUUUUCUUUUGCCUUUUCUGUCUGCAUUUUUGGACAUUUGUAAACUUUUAGGUCCUGCGGGAGUCUGCAGUGAGCUUUCUCUCUCUUAGGCUCACUGACUCUCAGGCUGCUGACCCAAGGUCAGAUCUCCAUCCCAACAGAAACACCAAGCCAGCUGUGGAGAAAGGUUCAGCACUCCAGAGAUCUGUUGCUCAGACUGAGUUCUUGGUUCAGUGACAUGAGGUGGUAGAAUUUUGCAGCUAACAUCCAGACUGUCCUCCUCCAGUUCCUCCGGUAGAACCCCAUCUGCCCCCCACCCCAGUGACCUCUCAUGAAGAUCUUCUCUCUCUCUCUUUCUACCUCUCCCUCCAUCUCUCUCUUUACCUCUCUCUCCCCCUCUUUACCUCCCACACUGUCUCAUUCUCUCUGUACCUCCCUCCCUCUCUUACCCCCUUCCUCCCUCCCUCUCUCUCCCCCUUCCUCCCUCUCUCUCUCUCUCUCAGGUUACAGCUCUCAGAGAAGCUCCAUACUGUUCCAGCUACUUCACCUUAUUAGAGUUCAAGCAGGUCUUGGAUCUUCUCCUCUGAUUUUAUAUAUUUUAUAUUCAUAUACUUUCUUCCCUUUCAUGC